CCCCUUCAAUAAUACAACUAAUCCACAAUCUCUAAAAUUAAUUAAUUUCAUUUAAUAAAUCCAUUCAUUCAUUCAUUCAUUAAUUGAUUAAUCAAAACGAAUUAAGAGUGUGAAAUUAAUCCUGUUGUUGUUUCUCCCGCUCUCUCACCGUCAUCUCAAAUCAAAGACUUCCAUCUCCUGUUUCUCUCUCUCACUUUCCUCUCCUCUCUUCAAUUUUUUAUUCAAUUGUUUAUUCAUUUCUCACUUAUUAAUGGAGCUGAAAAUUGAAAAAUACUGUUUUUUUCCAUUGAUCCUUUCUUAGAUUACUCUCUUUUUUCUCCCCCACUUCCUUCUAGUUGCUUGGUUUCUUUCAUCAGAAAGAUUUGAUCUUUGGUUCAACUGUGCCUUACCUUAAGGGGGGUUUUGCAUUGUAGAGGGAUGCAAAGAUCAAGAGCAAUCAAGAGGAAUGCUCUUGAAGAUCUUGAGUUAAGAUUAGGGCCAUCUUAUUCACACAAAGGAGACAUGCUGGGUAGAAAUUGUGUUAGGGGAUUCCCUAAUUUAAUCACUAUUGACGAUGAUGAAGAUGAUGAUGUGAUUAUGUAUUCUCAGAGUACUUCUACAGGGGUACAUCUCUAUGAGAUUCCACUGUUUCCUAUUACAAGCUCAUGGGCACCUGUUGUUACAGAGGAAGAUUUAGAGCUUUGCCUUGGAUUUAGAGGACAUGCUGGGGCCAUCGUGCACAAUGCCGAAGGAAGAGGAGAACCUUCGCAAACUUGGAAGUGUGUCAAGACAAAGUAUGCACGCAUGACGGAGAUGGAAGGUGUAAAGUUGAGGUGCACGAUCUGCAUGGAUACAAUGAAGGAGGAGACAUCGACUCUUUGUGGCCACAUAUUUUGUAAAGCUUGCAUCGUGAAUGCUAUUAGAGUUCAGAAUAGGUGCCCUGCUUGCCGUAAGGAAGUCUCAUUGAACAAUAUUCACCGUAUCUAUCUACCAGGAGCUACUAUUUCCUGACGACUAGGGAAAUCUCUCACCCUCUGUAUUGAUGAUACAAUUCAUACAAAACUACCCCUGACUGCCUGACAACACCCAUACACAGUUUUUUUUUCUUUUUCUUUCUUUUCCCCUUUUUUAGCAGCUGGUUCUGCUGACGAAGUUUUCUCAGAAAACAUCAGGGAGAAGGGACAUGAUUCACUCCACAGGCAUUAAAGACGAAGAUGUGAUUUGGUUUUCACUUUCUUUCUUAUUAUGCAAGGGAAGAAUGCAUUUGAAUGUCUGAUGAAUUAGAAUGAGCUUUGAUCAAAUGGAAUUAAUUAAAGACAUUACUGAUAGUUUCCCCCUUUUCAUAUAUCUCUUUAUCGGGCCUCUUUCUUUCA